UGAGGGUGCCAAUAAAACUUUAUAAUGAGUUAACUCAUUACAGGGUUAAAAAAUAUAUAUAUAUUUGUGUAUUAUUGAAUACAACUUAAAAUAAAUGAUAAAGUUGUUCAUGGGCAACUCAGAAGAUAAUAUCUAAAGCUCCUUUAAUGUCUAAAAACUACAUGACUCCAAAGUGACCAGGGCUAAAAUGAACGAGGGACACCACACCCACGUGGCCUUUCUCAGCACUUAAAAUCAAAGUCUUCCUCUUUCUAUAAUAUCAGCAAUAUGACAAAGUUGAGUAGCCAAAUAUUUUAGUUGACUUCUUAAAAAAUCUUAACAGAUUAAUAUGUAAACAAGAUGAUUUAAAUGUAAACACAACUAAAUAAUUUACAAAUUAAUGCCUGAACUAAAUAUUUCUAACCUAUAGUCAACAAAUGAGCUUGGGGCUAUGAAUCCUUAAACUGGAAGCACAUAUCACGCUGGCAUGCUUUUAUCUUUUUUCAGGGAAAAGGGUCUAAGGUUUUUUGCCAGGGUCUUAAAGGUAUCUCUGACCUCUAAAAGGUAAAGAAAUAUAAAUUUAAAAUAUAUUUUUUUCUAUUCAAUAUGGCAAACAUGACAGUCUUAUGAGCAAACUAUACUACCUGUAUAACACAUUUUAUAUUCUUUUUUUUUUUUUUUUGCGGUACGCGGGCCUCUCACUGUUGUGGCCUCUCCCGUUGCGAAGCACAGGCUCCAGACGCGCAGGCUCAGCGGCCAUGGCUCACGGACCCAGCGGCUCCGCGGCAUGUGGGAUCUUCCUGGACCGGGGCACGAACCCGUGUCCCCUGCAUCGGCAGGCGGAUUCUCAACCACUGCGCCACCAGGGAAGCCCAACAUUUUAUAUUCUUACAUCAACAAUUCCUCAAGAUGUAUAAAAGGUGCUAAAAUACAAUUGCACUACAUAUAUACUUUCCCCAAUGGCAAUAAAUACUUGGUUGUUUCUGCCUGAAUGUAUUGUCUAAAUAGGACUCUUCUAAAAAUAAAAUUAAAUUAAAAUGAAGUAUUGGUUUUAGUCUGGUGUAAUUGAGUGGACUUCCUAAGGAGAAAGAGCAGUAAAAGGGCACCUGUGUGCAUGUUUGACUUACAGCCAGAAAUGGUGUUUAUGGAAAACUUCAGAUGGAGCAAAAAGGCACUCAGCCAACAAAAUCUACAGCUGUGAAACUUGGAACUUAGAAGCGCCCAAACUCCAAAAGCAAAAGUGGAAUUAUGGGACAGACUUUGAAGCUUGUUUAUGUGCAAAUUUUUCUAGCAAGUAACUUUGUAUUUCUCUAUUCAGCUAUAUAUUCUCUGGUUAACACUAAAAAUAUUUUCUAAUACCGGAGAAAACAGUCAAAGGGAAUCCCAUCCAGGUAUUGAUAUUUACUUUUCCCCCCAAUUGUAAACAAAACUCAGGGUAACUAGGAUGGAGUAGUUUAAAUUCUAUAUCCAGGGAUUUGCAACUUUUCUCCCAUCCUAACCCCUGAGGAGGUAACAAAUCUGCUCCACUGGUUAAUAUGGUCCUGAAAACACAGCAGCUCCUGGCUGAGAAAGACUGGAGGGGCUGCUGUAUAUCAGACUCUGAAAAAGCACCUCAUGUGGUCUAAAUAUGCCCCAUAUUCCUAUAACCUUUAUGCUCAGUCGUCUGCUGGUAUAUACCCAGACACUGCCUGAAAUCUCGGGGGAAGAUGAUCAGUAGUGGGCUUCAAUGCAGAACUGGAAAGAGACUAGGCAUCUUCUAAAGAAAGCUAAGUACACUGUGUAAGAAAGAGCACUGGAGAUCAGGGCUAAAGGUUAAAAAUUGUGAGAUUAUGUAUAUACAUAGGCAAGACACUGCACGCCAACUAAAGGUUUUGUUGUUUUCAGGUACAAUGUGGUACAAUUAUGGAUUAUAUACUGGAGUGCUUUAGCCAGAAAGAAAAGCAAACAAUUUAGGGAUACAGAAUUGAAUUUAAUAAAGAAUAAUGUACCUGAUUCUUGGCAUCUUGCUUAAUCAUUAUAAUUUGGAAUAAAAAAUAAAUAAAUCAAUGAACAGAUAUCUAGCAGCGUGUAUGUUCAUUUAUAGAAGAAUGUUUUAGAGCCAUCUCCAACUGUAAUCAUUAAUUCUGUUUAGACGGAGGGCCCAUGUAUUUUAGGGUGAAGUUGGUUUAUCAUCUGUGCCAAUAUUAGUUUCAUCUCAGCUAACCGGGCAACUUCAAACAGAAAUGAAUUUAUGUGCUCCGGCUAUUAUAAUGGGAGUGCUAUGCUCCUAAGGAGACACUCCAGAACUGGUCUAUGAUAUCCAUUCAGUUAGCAAUUAGGAAUCACCAUUUACAGACCACAGCAGACUUUCAAAGUGUGAAAUCCAGAAACCAGAAUACUUCUUCACUUGAGACAUUUCUUUCUUGACAAUCAUCUUGUAAAUCAUUUCUGUCUGAAUAUAUUAUGGAAAGAGGCUUCUCAUGUUGGUAAAAUCCUUUACUAUCUUGCUUACUAUAAUGUCCAUUCAAGACACAUGGCAGGUACACUUUCAGUACUGCUUUCUGAAAAGCAGUGUUACACUGUAUUUACUCUGUCUUCCCUCUUCCACCCCCAAUCAGUAAACUAGCAAUUGAUAUAAAGUAUAAUUCCUACCAGAACAUGCAGGGAAGGUGCAUCACAUCACAAGUCUCUCCUUUAUGCUUUUACCUUCUCUAGUUCUGAAGGUCAAAGUUUGCAGUGCUGUGUCUGAACUUGUAUUGAAAUGUUUGGCAUUCAUAAAACAAGGAAGGAAUUAAUAUAUUUCUUAAUUGUGGGGGGAGGAGAAGGAAUCUACAAAGGCGGAUUUCACUUUCUAAGCAGCAUUAUAUUGGUCUAGAUUAAUAAUUUUCCCAGCAGGCCUUCCAUGAUUUUACUAUGAACAAUCGCAGCCUUUGUAUCUCAGAUCCCCUUACAUGUGACAUUUGAUCAAAGUUUUAAAAUCAGCAGCUAACGGAGGUGGAGAAAAGUCCUGCUCAGUAAGGCAUUACACAAAGCUAUCCCACGGCUCAUUCUGAGGUUGCUACAAGCUGGAUCACAGACGUUUUCCAGCGACACGUUAUGUGGAUGUUAAGUUAGGGUCUCUGCGCCCUGAACGCUGUAUUUAUUGCAUGUCAUCAUACUUCUCCUCAGGGAAACAUCCCCUAAUCAUCACUACAGCAUGACUUGAGAAAAUCCUUCAGUUCUUUCACGCAGGUGUGUUUUUUAAAGCUAAGUGUAAGGAACCAAACAAUUAAAUGUAUUCUUAUUCAAGGUUUCUGUACAUAGCCUUAAAAAAAUAAAAUAAAGAAGUCUGCCUCCUUGCCCCCCCAAAACAGAUUUCAGGUAACUAAAUUACCUCUACUACUAGUUCUAGAAUUAGUGGUAGUCAUUCUGAUGAGGUGGGAUAUGAAAAGAAAACUAGUAAAAUCAAUUCAUGAAUUUCUACCUAAAAGUCCUUAUCCAAGGAAAUAUUCCCAAAAGAAAUGGAGGAAAAAAAGAUCAGUAAAGGAAAUAUCUCACACUUAAACAUGCUAUAUAAGGAAAGACGGCUGAAAGGAAAUCUUGCAGGGAAUUUUAUCCCUUUGAACUUUUAAAUAAACUCUUAAGUAAGAUUAUGCAAACUUACUAAAAGACCGGUCCUGAUUAGAGAGAAAAAAUGCAACCCUUCUCCAAGUCAGUUCUGGAGGCUUUCUCCAGAGUUGUUAAGGUCUGUGAUGGGUAAAGAAAGACCUCCUAACAAACCAGCAUUCUUUUCCACAGGAUCAGAGCUAACUGGCCCCCCGCAGACUAAGUGACCAAUCACAUCAGCUUCAGCUGAAACCAGCCCCCACGACAUUAUAAACAGAGCAAUGUGAACCGUAAACCCAGUCCAAGAAGAGAACCUACAAGCUGGACUUGUAGAUUAAAAUUACCUCACCAAAAAGACAGGCUCUGAAAGCUUCCUCCAGACCUACCCGUGUAUAAGGCUGGCCCAGCAAAAGAACUGAGAAUUACAGCCUGAGAUGGAUGGCAGUAAUUGCAAAGUUACUGCUCCUCCCCUAACUCAGAGAUACCGGAGGAUGGUCACCAAGGAUGGCCACAGCACACUUCAAAUGGAUGGCGCUCAAAGAGGUCUUGCAUAUCUUCGAGACGCUUGGGGAAUCCUAAUGGACAUGCGCUGGCGCUGGAUGAUGUUGGUUUUUUCUGCUUCUUUUGUUAUCCACUGGCUUGUCUUUGCAGUGCUCUGGUAUGUUCUAGCUGAGAUGAAUGGUGAUCUGGAUCUAGAUCAUGAUGCCCCACCUGAAAACCACACUAUCUGUGUCAAGUACAUCACCAGUUUCACAGCUGCAUUCUCCUUCUCCCUGGAGACACAACUCACAAUUGGUUAUGGUACCAUGUUCCCCAGUGGUGACUGUCCAAGUGCAGUUGCCCUACUUGCCAUACAAAUGCUCCUAGGCCUCAUGCUAGAGGCCUUCAUCACAGGUGCCUUUGUGGCGAAGAUCGCCCGGCCAAAAAAUCGAGCUUUCUCAAUUCGCUUUACUGACUUAGCAGUAGUAGCUCACAUAGAUGGUAAACCUAAUCUUAUUUUCCAAGUGGCCAACACUCGACCUAGCCCUCUAACCAGUGUUCGGGUCUCAGCUGUACUCUAUCAGGAAAGAGAAAACGGCGAACUCUACCAGACCAGUGUGGACUUCCACCUUGAUGGCAUCAGUUCUGAGGAAUGUCCAUUCUUUAUCUUUCCACUAACCUACUAUCACUCCAUUAUACCAUCGAGUCCCCUGGCUACUCUGCUCCAGCAUGAAAAUCCUCCCCACUUUGAAUUAGUUGUGUUCCUUUCAGCAAUGCAGGAAGGCACUGGAGAAAUAUGCCAAAGGAGGACAUCCUACCUACCCUCCGAGAUCAUGUUACAUCACUGUUUUGCAUCUCUGCUGACCCGAGGUUCCAAAGGUGAAUAUCAAAUCAAGAUGGAGAAUUUUGAUAAGACUAUUCCUGAACUUCCAACGCCUCUGGUCUCCAAGAGCCCAAACAGGACUGACCUGGACAUCCAUAUCAAUGGACAAAGCAUUGACAAUUUUCAGAUCUCUGAAACAGGACUGACAGAGUGAGAAAUAUCCAUAGCACCCUAUUUUUUAAUGUAUUAAAUAUACUCAGCCAGUUAUGCACCUAUUUUUCCUUCAUCAUAUCUCACGUUUUCUUUUUUCCAAUGCUGAUUACAUCUUUCUAAUUACAUCAUGGUGAUCAAGCCUCCGCCCGUAAAAAUAAUGGCUAGCAAUACACAUUGUGGAAAUACAACAUUAUACAAAGUUUGUAUCUGUGGUUAUCUGCUGAAAUCAAUGCAUCUGAAUGUAACAGAUAUUUACAAUAACAGAAAUGCUGUUGGUGAGUUUGUAUGGAUGUGGUAUGAUACCAGUAAUGAAG